AUGUAUGCAGAUGUUGUUGGUUCAGGGCAAAGUGGUCACUUGAACCCCACCAGCAAUAUCAAACAAGUACCAGCAGGUAAGACAAAUGCAAAUGGCAAUCCUCCACCAGGGCUCACAUAUCCACAAGUGAUAGACACUGGGAUGAGUGCUGAUAGAGUAGCUCCACCAAUAGGGUCGAAAAUCAUACCUCAACAACUUCCAUCAGGAUUUGCUAUAGCUCAUGGAGGCAACGGUAGUGCCCCUGUAAUGUUCUCUGUGAAGGGUGUUCCACCCACCAGUUACGACGGGAAUGGCCCUAUGGAUCCGAAGCUGCGACAGCCAAAUGGACCCUUUCUAGUUGGGAAGAAAAUGAUAGCGCCGAACAAACUACCUUUUCCACCACCCAUAGCGAAUGUUAAGGGAGGAAACGCUAUUUUACAGCAGUUGGCUUUUCCGCCUUCCAUUCCACCUAACAAAAGUAUGGGAAACCAAAAAGUCAUGAUGCGGCCUCCCGUCAUAAGUGAUGGACGCGUAAAAAGUCCUCCUGGAGUUUUGCAGCCGUCUUCGUCGUUACCACAACAAAACCCUUUAGGGGUGGCAAUGUCGUCUGGUAAAGGCUCCAACUCCACGAUAGGCCCAGAUCCUCGAAAUAUAAACAGCAACGAAGGUAAUAAUCAGAUGCGGCCACCCUCACAAAAUUUAGGCAUUUUACACCCACAAACUUCAAGGUCUUCGCUAAGUGAUGGUAGCAAUAAAGUGGCUCAUUUGAUUUCAUCAAGUAGGGUCCCUUCUGAGACUUCUAUCCACACCCCUAGUCCUAAACCCCCGUUAUCGGCAAAAAAUAUAGUCUAUACCGCCUUGGGCGCUACUGAUAAGCCCGUCAUGCCAAUCUCAGGGAGCAAAAAUAUGUCUCCAGAGGGGAAUUCUAUGCAGAACAUUGCGCCUCUUGGACAGUCUGGCGGUACUCAACCGAGCAACCCAAAUAUUCCUAAUCGGACCCAAGGCGAACCGGGAUCGAUGUCAGUAAAUCCGGGAUUAUUGCCUUCCACAAACGUAAGUGGAGUCAAAAACUCAACGGGGAUACCUUCUCAGACCCAAGCUUCACAGAAAGGGUCACUGGACCAGCUUCUGGCUGAAGUUAAAGCCGAUCCUAUUGCAGAUAGUAAACCUACGGACUCGAUGCAAGCGCCGACUAGCACCACUCUGAAGCAAGGUCCUGUUGAGAGCAACCUGAUGAAGGCCGAGACGCUAUCGAAGCCGCCCCGUUUAAGUUAUAAAAAGAAGCCUUGUCGUUUCGCCGAACUUUUAGUGGAUAGCGAUGACGACAGUGAUGAAGAUGGAGCUAUUGAAGAGAAUAAUGCUCAUGCCCGCGGAGACAGCACAGGGGCGGCCCAUUCUGAUGAAGCAGCACCACCAAAUCCAGUACUAGAAGACGCUCUUACGACGGUGGCAAAAGAGUUUCCGCAGACGGGCGAUGUAAUUGGUGCGAACGAGGCGCAUGAUGAGAUUUCCAUGAAAGCCGAGACGGUGGAGGGUAAGGAUGAAAUGCCGUACACGGGUAAUGAUGAUACGCAGGUUACCGAAUCAGCGAUUCCCCUGGAACCCAAGGAACUUCCAGUUUUACCAGUUCAAGAUCCAGGCGAACCUAAAAAUUUUUGCCCAGAACAUCCUCCUUCAAUUUCAUCAACCAACCGCCCGUCCCCAGUUUCGAACUCUCAGAGCAAUUCGAUGGCAAGUGAACGUAUCAGACCUGAUAGUGCCGAUUCUCGUGAAUGUACCCUAAAAGCUGGAAAGGCGAAUUCUUCAAAGGCAUCUAGGUCUUCAUCGGCCCCUAAACCCAAGGUAGCUGUUCAGGCUGUUUCUAAAAAGUCUAACAAAGACAUUGCUUUGCCUCGUACAAAGAAUCCCUCAGGGCGCCAUUCACAGACAAAGCUCACCACCCACCAUCGCUCCUUUUCUUCAUUGCCUGACAUGAGUAGAUCGGAAGACACGCCUGAAGAAAGGAAGAAAGGUACUAUUGCUACUGAAAGCAGUCAAUCUAUUGGGCAUACACCCAAACAGAUAAAACCAACAAAAAAUACUGCAACGUUGAGUGAGAGAUCGGAUGAUCUAGCCGCUGACGAGCUUGUCUCUUCCACAACCUACCCCAGCGAUGAAGAUGCCAAGGAAAGGGCUCCACGUCGUAAGCGGGUACCAUCUCUGUCAAACUUUAAGAGCAGCGAUUUGUAUAACCUCUAUCAUAUUUUAAAGGCGCUUGACGAUAAAAAAAAUGCCGAUCGUCCAAGUCGCGAUCGUGUCCAACGGAGAGGGCCCACCCCACCCCACCCCAUCUCGAAGCCGCGGGGUUUCACCCCCACCCACCAUCGACAUCGGGGCAGCCAUGGCGAAAGCGAGGAUGAAGGCGGCGAGAAUUGGGGGCAGCGAGGGGAAACCCCGCACUUCCGUUGGUCUGAACCCGACAACCCUUCCAAACGGCAGGAAACUCCAGAAAGAGGGGACUCGGCGCGAGCCCCCUGGCGCUGUGGUGCGAGGUCGACCGUCUCGAAUGGCUUUGCUUUGCCUUCACCGCUGCGUCGACCGCUUGGGUAUAUUAAUAUCGGUGGUGGGUUCUACGAGCGCAUCGGCUACAGUCCUUACGCCCAGCAUCGUUUGCGGCAUUCCCUAUCGCGGGACGAUCCCUCCAUUUAUCCUGAUCGACACCUUGAUAGUACGACGCGUGAGGUCCUGAAAGAUGGGGGUAUCGGGCAGAUUAUGCGAGAACAAGGACAGGCCGCGGUGCGCGCCGCGCAGUCGGAUCCACUCCAUCAAAAUCCCAGUUCAAAGCGGAUGGGCGUGGAUGCGGGGAAUAUAUCCCGCGUUUGCUUUUCAGAUUUGUCUCCUCAACAGCGAUGGUCCAUGGAUUCAUCGAGGUUUUACUCGCCAGACGCCGAACCGAGAGGGGAUUUUUUAUACGUUGGUGAAAACCCACCUCAGGGCAACGGCGAUUCGUCGAACCAUUAUUGUGCAAGUCCACGGCGCACGCGUUUGUUAAUAUCACCCAACUAUUUGGAUGACGACCGCCGCGGAUCGCCCCCUGCAAAAUCAUCGCAACAUGUUAAACAAGUCGCUAAGAAAAGUAUCGCACCUGAUCUUAUCAAGGACGGAGGUAAGGCAUUUGAUAUGUUUCUGAGAAGAGCCUCGAAACCGCAGUCCGGCAGCUCAAGGACUGAUUUAAAUUGGUGUGAAGGAAGGGCUAGUGAUUCUGGCAAAAAUGUAUGCAAUGGAGAGAAGGCACAUUUACAAAGUGCGGAAUACAAAAAACAUCUCUCGACACUUCCUGAAGGUUCCAAAAAGAAAUCUUUUCAUCCUUAUGAGGGGGAUAGACCUGAUGAUCGGCGCAUGAACAGAUUUGCUCAGCAUCGACGUUCUACAGAUGGCGAUAACUACAUGUCCAUUAACUCAGCCCAACAAACUUGGGAUGGGGAGGGGAGGGGUGUGUCUUUAAAAAAGACAAGUGCCGACGAUCGAUCUCACCAUUUGCCUAACCCUGUCAGUGAUAGGAGGAAAGAACCACGAAAUAGAGAUUCUAGAAUGAGCCCCCGUUCCUCUCGGUCUCACCUGGGAAAGGUUCACAGCACAGCAAAUGUUGAUACCUCUUCGCAGCCCAAGAAUAAAGAGGCUCACGUCGAGUACAACGUCAACCAUUAUGACCGCAAUAAUAACAUAACCAAGAACCCUAAAAAUAUUGAGACCACAACCCGACAGGAUUCCUCGCACGAGAAACGACUCUUCGCUUCGUUGCCCUCGUCUGGACGCUCGCAAAAAGUCCAUGAAAAUGCAGCCGGAUCCUUUUUAGGGCAGCGUAGUACUACAGAGGCUAUUGAUAGCCUUAUAAGCCCGAUCGAAAUAACGAAGGCCAGGAUCGUGUCACCAAGAGGUUCCAUGGCUUUUUCAGGACGAAACUUGGCAGAACAAAGUCAUCAAGGUAGCAGUAAAGCAAUCCUGAAGAAGAAUUCAUUACCGAGUACUGCACCAACGGCGGUCGAGCUACGCGUAAAAGGAAUUUCAGCUCCCAAUAAACGCGCUACGUCAGCUUCUUCAGCCCAAACGACACCCAUGGCGACAGCAAACCUUCCGCACAGCUUAUUUUCUAACGUUGAAUCUCGGACUACCCGUAGGAAAAGUAAUUUCGGACACACUAAAGCCAUACUCUGUUCGGAAUGGGUAGACGAAGUGUUGUCUUCUGUUGUCCAUCUGAAGGGUUUUACGAGUGCGGAAGUCAGCAAAGCAGACACUAGUAUAGGCAAGAUCUCGUCUGCCAGGGCCGUCCCGCAUGGCGAGAUCCCACUGAUUGAUAUGAGGAAAGAAUUCAAACCCAUUACAUCCGAAGAUUUGGCGAAGAGCACCCCCACGCGACGAGGUCGUCUUUCUGCGCGCUCGCGCAAUUCCCUAAACAGUGGAGGAGGGUGGUCCGUGAACGACCGCGCCCUGCGCCCUCACAUUCCCACCCUUCACUUCAAAACCAUGACAGGCGUGCGACUGGCGCGCGGCGUCCCAAACCCCGCGGGGCCUCCCCCGAGCCAGCGCGAGAACGCCACCUCCGCUCGUGGGGGAAACGCGCGUCCGACCCCUGAGAAGGUCCGCCAGGUGGUGGUGGAUGUCCCAAACGGGAUGCCCUAUGAGGUGUAUUCGAGCAUAAAGGUAAAAAACCCCGAGCAGCCGUCGCCCUGGGCUCGCGCGCCGAGUGUGCGCGGGCGCAUGGGGGAGCUGCCCGGACGGCCCGCGGCGCGUCGGGUUGUGCCGCCUUCCGCCACAACGGAUAUCGAGAGCAGCGAGACAAAGGAGGGAAACGUGGCUCCCGCCUUGGAGAAGGCGGGGUAUCGCUUGAUCGAGGAACUUCACCUCGAUGAAUACCGUCGGCCGUAUAUCAUUAUUAAGGAAGUGCGUACUGGCGAAGCGGCAAAGGAGCAAAGACUGUCUGUGGAGCGGCUUUCAAAACCGAAACCCGUUUUCAUAAGGCCUGCAGAGAGACAAAAAUAA